AUGGACGACCCAGUACAUUGUAAAAUAAACAGCGCCUCCUCAAACAAAGGCAACGAUAAAAAGAUACUGAAGCCUCCUUCAAACGCCCUGGUAUCGAGUCUGAUUUCCAACAGGACCGCAAGAAGCGGAGCAGGCACGAGACGACCACCAAGGUCAUCUGUUCGAACUGCCAGACUCCCUCGUUCUACCAGGUGGGCGACUACGUCAGAUGCGUCAACUGCAACAGCAUCACCUUCGAGACCUGACUGCGCAGCCAUCCCCCGGACCACCGCCCUGUCAACUGUAAAAUAUAACGCAUCACACAAUCUAUCACGAACUAACAGAUUCAGGAGCUAUAGUACUCAAACACAAAUACUGUAA